AUGCAAGAGGCUACAAAUGCUAUAUUGCAAAUGCGUUUUCCACAAAAGUUGUGGUAUUUGCUCAAUUUACAUACUGAUGCAAUAUUAUGGGGUGGUACAGGUCGAACCAUUUUAUUAAACUAUAGAGUUCUUCAGCAUUAUUUAAAAUGCGACCAUUCUAUCUUCAAGACAACUAACAUCUCCAGUUUUAUUAGACAACUAAAUUUAUACGGCUUCCGGAAAGUUACAUCUCAUCUUCAAGAUCCUUUAUGUAAUUCCAGCAACCCUUAUAUGCAUGAAUUUAUCCACGAUAACUUUCAGUUCGGAAGACCCGAAUUGCUUAAUAAAAUAACUAGAAAAGCUUUAACUAUAAAAAGAGGUUUUAAGCCGAAGACUUUAGAAAAUUCUGAUCAAAUUAUUUACAUCUCCCCUUUACAAAAGGCACGUCGUGCUUUACGUUUAGCGUUGAAGAAAGCAGCACAAGAUUUGCUUGUAUUGAAUUCAUCAAAAGAUUGUAAUUCUCAAUAUGUUGAUUCGACAGACGAUUUCUGUGAAGAGGAAGAAAAUAUUGAACUUGAUUGGCUUAUAACAGACAAUGUUAACAUGAACACUCAAAAAGAAUUUACUAAACCAGAUACUGUUCACAGUAUCAAUGAAAACUCAAGCACUACGAACUAUGGGGACUUGCCACAGGAUGGUCUUAUGGAUUUUUCUGGUAAUAUGGACACAUGCCAACAGAACAAUGUAAACUUUUCAUCUCAAUUUCUUAGUAUGCCAGAUCUUAAUGAACCUACUGAAAAGAAAUCUGAUGUUGAAUUGUUAGCAGAAUUUAAUAUAAACAGUGACAUUGAUCAACAUGUUAAAAUUAGUGAAGCAUCUAAUGAAUGCAAUUCAUUAAACUGUGUUUUGCCUUCAGUAAAUAGUCAGAUUGAUGAUGGAGCUAUGGCUGAGAAAGAUAAUGACUUAAAUCAUUAUCAUGGAGAAUGGGACCAAAUGUUAUAUGAUAUAAUAGAUAAUAAAGGCUCUAAUCAAGAAGGUUUAUCUAAUUUUAGGGAGCUUUACUCUCAAAUUUCUCAAACUAUUGAUUUAUUAAAUUCUUAG